CCUCUUCCGGUGUCGUACGGUUACUGCGGCGGAUGUUGAUGUUUUGUUUUGGAGCUCGCGGAACGAUGUGAACCACUCUCUCUGUUUUAUGACUUUCCUUUCUGUUCGCUCGUGGUUUUCUCUCCGGUUAGCUCUCGCUGCUUGUCGCAACCGUGUCUCUCCCGGUGUCUCUACCGGGAAGUGCGAGGCCGAGCCGUGCGAUGAUGGAGGACUUUGAUGAGAUAUACGAAGAGGAGGAGGAAGAGGAGGACGAGGACAGGGCCGCAGAGGAGCAGCUUCUCAAGUACGCUCCGGACCCGGUGGUGGUACGAGGAUCCGGCCACGUCACUGUGUUUGGACUAAGUAACAAAUUUGAGUCAGAAUUUCCCUCAGCACUAACAGGAAAGGUGGCGCCAGAGGAAUUCAAAGCCAGUAUAUACCGAGUAAACAGCUGCCUAAGGAAGACCCUCCCGGUGAACGUGCGGUGGCUGCUGUGUGGCUGCCUGUGCUGCUGCUGCACGCUGGGCUUCAGUCUGUGGCCCGUCAUUUGCCUCAGCAAAAGGACGAGAAGAUCGCUAGAGAAACUCUUGGAGUGGGAAAACAGCAGACUUUACCACAAGUUGUGUUUGCAUUGGAAACUUAGCAAAAGGAAGUGUGAAACAAACAACAUGAUGGAAUAUGUUAUUCUAAUAGAGUUCCUACCUAAGAUCCCAAUCUUCAGACCGGACUAGAAAGGCUGAAGCCUCCACUGCUGCCCUUCUCUGACACGGAGCCCCCAGUGGCUAUAAAGCGUAACUACCCCUGAAAUACUCCAGUAUUUGUGUUUACAUAGCCCCCCUCUCUCUUUUCUCGCCGGGCCUCAUUCUUGCACAUGGGUUACACAAAUCCUUGUUUACAAGUUCAACUUUUUUUAAUCGUUUUGAUUCGCUGUCGACGAGCGCAAACACCAGCCUGAAGGACGAAGACGGUCGUGGACAGCUUUGUCACCGGAGCAGGACGUUCAGCGACUGGAUUUCAUCCUUUUUUUUUUUUUAAUGUUCACUAACUUAAGCACACGGCACAAAACAAACUUUCUGCUCCGCCAACAACAAAACACAAACCUGUGUUUGAAGACGAGUUAAAUCGAAACGACGGAGACCACCUCUAGACCCCGAUCCGAACAUUUGAGCCCAGAAAACCCUCUUGCCUUCUCUUCGUCUCUGCACACGUCACUGUGCUCCCCCCCUCCCCACACCAGCGACAAUCGCACACACUGACUGCACUGUCCAGUCUGAGAGGGUCUCUGUGCUGCACAGUUCACGGGCAGUUUGGGUUUUUACCUCUCAGCUUCCUGUCACGCAGUGGAACUUUUUCAAUUCAGACGAGCAAACCACUGGUGAUGGAGACGAACCCCUUUCUGGUUUUGUUUUUGUUUUCUUUCCUUUUUUUAUGUAUGCAAGUUGUAUGUGUGUGAGAGGAGAAAUGGCUUCAAACAAACUUGACAAAUCAGACAUGAAGUCGGUCUGUGCUUUAAAGCAGGGUUAUUCCUCUAAAAUAUCCCUUCGCCAUGACGGUCCAUCUUUAGGUGAUUAUUCUUCUUAGAAUUGUGCAUUUGUUUGCAUAUAUAUAUUAUAAAUUAAUCUGGUACAAUGAUGACAGUUGUCCCUCCUUCAGAAAAUUCUUCUAAUUGAUCUACAUAUAUUCAAGUGUAAAAUUAAAUACAUAUUUGUUUUGUUUUUAUUUGUUUUCUACCACUUUUUUCAUUAGUUUAGCAGAAAACGACGUCUGGAAUGCAGAGAAUCCCUUUAGAAAUGAUCUAACUGGACUUGAAGGGAGGAGUAUUCAAAUUUUUACUAACAGAAUUUUUGCAAAUGUUGAAAAUAUGUUAAAAAAAAAAAAAAUCUAAUUUGUCUUCCUUCUGAUAAAUCCAACAACUAUUAUCAUUUAUUGCAACAAAUGCACACAUUUAUUUAUUUAACAUCAAUUUUAGCUGUUAUUGGACUUUUUUUUUUGCUUUACAUCUUCACAUAAGAUUCUUCCAUUUUUGAACUGCUGCCCUGUUCCCCCCCCCUGACAGUUCAGUUGAAAUAAUCAUUUCUCGGUUUGGUUUUUUACAUGAUGGGAAAUAGCAAAAGUGCCAUUUUUUGGUGUACACCUCUGUCUGAACUCUACUGGAAACAUGGUCGCUUUGGGUCACUCAGGGGAUUAAAAAAAAAAAAAGAAGCAAAUGUAGCAUCGCAAGACUUCAAGUCCACAAUCACAUGAGGCAAAACUGAACUCCAGGGUGGGGAUUGAGAUGAAGAUUUCAGACGGUGAUGGAAGCACACGCCCCCCUGAAGCCACACAGACACUUGUAUCCGUCAAUGAUGUGUCUAUCACUCUCUGUUGUGUUCUGCUCUGUAAAUCACAGCACAAAGGCCAUAUGCAUUUAUCAGUGCAUGAUGGAUGCAGACACAAACGUAGAUCUGACUUUUGGAUAAUUCCUGCACAGAACGUGAGUCCUUUUUUUUUAUAUAACCUUGAGAGUUCUUUGUGUGCGAGUGCGUUUGUGCGCGUGUGUGGAAAACAUGUAAAUGACUCGAGCAGAUGUAUGUACAGUUAUAAACUACCAAUAAACAUUACUAUGGGCAUCCUU